AUGCGGUGGAUCCCAGUACGACUGGCGUCGAUCGGUCCAGAGUACCUCCCACUAACUCGCAGGGCUCUCUCCCACCACUCCAAGCUCUACUCUCAUCAGGAAUCCCGUCUACGGACCAUGGCUGCCUUGGAAAGCCCGACCGGCCAUCCUCAAGGAACAACACCCGAACCUCAAGAAACCUCUUACACUUUUAUUGAUAUUGGAUCUAAUCUGGGCGACCCAGUCUUCCGCGGAGAAUACCAUGGAAAACAAGUCCAUGCCGAUGAUUUCCAGCAGAUAUUGACGCGCGCCCGGUCAGCUGGAGUGGUUAAGCAAAUCUUGACUGGGGAUUGUCUCAGUGGAUCAAAGGAGGUACGGGAGAUGGCCCGUGGAAAUGAGGAACUCUAUGCGACCGUCGGAUGCCAUCCUUGCAGAGCCAACGAGUUCGAGGCUAGUGCUCAAACUGACAGCCCGGCAGAUGUGGAAAGGUCGGCCAAGAAAUACCUGGAAGCACUAGACCAGCUCAUUGCUGAAGACCAAGCCUCAGGUCACAGCCGUGUAGUGGCUGUUGGUGAAUGUGGUCUGGACUACGAUCGUCUUUCGCAUGCCUCCAAAGAGACUCAACUUCGUUACUUUCCCCCUCAACUGGAGCUGGCCACCAAAUACAACCUCCCACUCUUCCUACACAGUCGGACCUCAGAAGCACAUGUCGACUUUGUCCGAAUCAUCCGCGCCCACGAAGCUCGCUAUACCGCGGAAGAACUCCUGCCUGCUCGCAAGAAAGGCGUCGUUCAUAGCUUCACGGGCACAAUUGAAGAGAUGAAAGAGUUGGUUGACUUGGGAUUCAGUAUCGGGAUCAACGGAUGUUCUUUGAAAACAGAAGAAAAUUUAGAAGUUGUCAAAGCAGUGCCCUUAGACAGGAUAAUGUUAGAGACCGAUUGUCCAUGGUGCGAGAUCCGUCCGAGCCAUGCAUCGCAUCGAUACCUAUCCGAAUUACCCCUGAAACCGGUAUUCUCACCAGCGACUAUCAAGAAGGAGAGGCAUCAAGUGCAGGACGAGAAGAUGGUCAAGGGACGAAAUGAGCCAUGCACAAUCGGCCAGGUCGCUUGGGUAGUCUCCAAACUCAAGGGCAUCCCGCUUUCCGAACUCACUCAAAGCGCGUGGAAAAACUCAGUCGAAAUGUUUACAUUGCUCUGA